CAGAUUCAAGAGCUAUAACGCUCAUCCAGUGAACUUUCUGGAAAAUUGACUGAAACGUCUAUUUGAUCACUCCGCUUGGAGAUUAGGAGAAAAGGUCAUCAUCAGAAAAGCUAAGUUUGCUAUACAGUAAGGAUCAGGAGAGCUGACCCUGGUUGCAGAACCAUUCCUGGUUGCAGAACACAGGGUUGUAUUCCCACUUCAUCUUUCCAGACCAUCCUAGGAGAUUACUAGGAAUCCUUGGAAGGGAAAGAAGGAACAUUGUUGGUUGGAAUAAAAACAGGGUUGAAUGAGUUCCAGAAAGCAGGCUUCUCAAACUCGUGGACAACAAUCUGCUGAAGAAGACAACUUUAAGAAACCAACUCGAAGCAAUAUGCAGAGAAGUAAGAUGAGAGGAGCUGCCUCAGGAAAGAAGUCAGCUGGUUCGCAGCCUAAGAAUCUUGAUCCAGCUCUGCCAGGAAGAUGGGGAGGUCGCUCUGCUGAGAACCCCCCUUCUGGUUCUGUGCGGAAGACAAGGAAGAACAAGCAGAAGGCUCCUGGCAACGGAGACGGUGGCAGUACCAGUGAAGUCCCCCAGCCCCCUCGGAAGAAAAGGGCACGGGCUGACCCCACCGUGGAGAGCGAGGAAGCAUUCAAGAGUAGGAUGGAGGUGAAGGUGAAGAUCCCUGAAGAAUUAAAACCAUGGCUGGUGGAGGACUGGGACUUGGUUACUAGGCAGAAGCAGUUGUUCCAGCUCCCCGCUAAAAAGAAUGUAGAUGCUAUUCUUGAGGAGUAUGCCAAUUGCAAGAAGUCACAGGGAAAUGUUGAUAAUAAGGAGUAUGCAGUUAAUGAAGUUGUAGGAGGGAUAAAAGAGUAUUUCAAUGUGAUGCUGGGCACUCAGCUGCUCUACAAGUUUGAGAGGCCUCAGUAUGCUGAGAUUCUGCUGGCUCACCCUGAUGCGCCAAUGUCGCAGAUCUAUGGGGCGCCACACCUACUGAGAUUAUUCGUGAGAAUUGGGGCAAUGUUGGCCUAUACGCCCCUUGAUGAGAAAAGCCUGGCAUUAUUGCUGGGCUAUCUGCAUGAUUUCCUUAAGUAUCUGGCAAAGAAUUCUGCCUCUCUGUUUACUACAGAAAAUAAAAGGAGUGCCCAGCUCCUUUCUUCAUUUCAAAGUUGCUACCAGUGUAUGCAGUAA